AUGCGCACCUUUGGUGUCUACUUCCUACGCGGACUAGUCCCGUGGAUCGGCUUCACCAUCUACACCGCCGUAGGAGCCAUGCUGUACUCGUUCAACUUUCCCAGUGGCGACGAUGACCCCCGCUGGCAGGAGAAGGCUCGCAACAGCGUCAUACAAGGCUGUAACUUUCUCAAGGAGAUGAAGACGCAGUGGCCCAUGGCCAAAACAUGGUUCGAUACCAUUCGCCGCAUGCAGGCCUACUACCGCUCCAUCCUGGGCCAGGAUGGGCCCGCUUCCCCAGAAGAACGCCAGGCUCUUCGUCACGCAAUGAUUGACUACGGCGCAUUACAGCCCUCACCAGUCCAAAAGCCAAAUGAUUCCUCCAGAGCACCCGAAACCCCAUUGGUAGCUUCGAGUCUUUCGCCCCAGGAACACCAUCAACAUCGCAAGCCCAUUGUCGCCAACAUUACCAAUCCGUCACUUAGCAGCCCGCUUCCUACCACUGCAGCCAUACCCGGCGGAUAUACGCCGGAUUUCUCAUGGAAUACACCACCCGCUGUUCAGCCUCUCGAGGCGGAUGAGACGUUCAAUCUCGAUUCUUUUGACCUGACCAACGAGGAGCUCGAGGCAAUGAUGAUGAACGCUACCCAGGAAUUUUGGGCUAGCUUUCCUGGUGAGGUUGGCGUGGGAUAUUAA